GUCGGUCAUGAAGGACGUUCGAACGGGCUGUUGAUGGCGCGUGCAAACUUUGAUCUUCCACUCGCGGCUGAUUAAAAUUCUCUGACGAUUAAAAGAUGUGCGGAGCUCAUCACUAUCAAUGAACUUUCUUCUGGAAGGAGAGAGAUAAGCUAAUGUGAGUGCCCUUUGGGCUGUGGAGGCUUCCCAUUUCUUAUCUGAAGUAAGCAUUUUUGGUUGUUAUAUAAUUUUAUGCAAGUAUUAUGCAAAGUACAGAAGAUACGAAAAACAUUAUUGUAAAAGUACUGAAAUGACUUCCUCCCUUAUGAAGAAAGUAUAAGCGUUCAUACUCAGAUACUAGCAGAGCUGACCAUUGUGGCGCUAAUUUACCCCAGUGCCUGACAUUGAAGCCAUCAUGAAAUUUUACCAGAUUGCCAUUUUCUGUACCUUCCUCUGGAAGUCCUGCCUCAGUGAAAUGCAAGUCAUUGACAGCCUGGAGAUCUUGGAAGCUCUGUCUCAAAUAGCACUGCUGAGGCACCAUCCACAGUCUCUGUACUCCAGCAGGGGUAAUGUUACAGAGAGCUUUGCCUCUCUCCUGCAAGACCUGCAGAACCAGAACCUCACAGAAUCUCAUCCCAGUGUGAAUUGUUCCUCCUUGUCCCAUUUGCCAUUAGUGUCACGGGAUAUGUGUGAUGAUGGAUACAUGUUUAAAUGUCUUUCAGCCAGGGACAUGUUGGAGUUGGUCCCCGAGUCGACGAAGAGUGUGGGGGAAGCGUUGGCCAGACUCUGUCCUCUGCUUCUGCUGCAGCUCCACAACAGUGCCUGCAUUUCCGCCGAAAGCGAUGUUCCUUCCACCGAUCUGAGGCCUUCCUACGCAGCUGUUUGGGGCUACGGCCUUCUUUUUGUAACAAUCAUCAGUUGUUGUUCCUUAUGUGGUGUGAUUGUCUUGCCAUUGUUGAGCAAAUAUGUGUACCAGAUUGUCCUGAUGCUUUUCGAAGGACUUGCAGUAGGCAGCCUGGUGGGGAGUUCCCUUUUCCAUUUAAUUCCCCAGACUUUCAAACUUCUUGGUCAAGACAAAGAACACAAUUAUUUAUGGAGAUCCUUGCUUAUUUUUGGAGGCAUUUACCUAUUUUACGUGAGUGAAAGGCUUAUGAAGAUGGUUAUGGAUAUAAGAAAGAAAAGAAAAAUGAGAAGAGCAGGCUAUGCCCUAGGUGAAAAUUCCACAGAAUUCCUGAAGUCGCCAUCAAACUUACAGUCUCCUAGCAGUGAACAUAAUUCUCUGUGCGUUAAAAACUGUGAGAAAGAGAAGGUGGCCAAUGGAUCUGCAUCGCUUCCAAACUCGGAUGCAAAUCAUCAUCAGCACAACUACAAGAUGAUCACAGAGGAUAAUGGCCAUUCCAAGGGAGUCAAGUCCUAUCCUGUUGAUAUGGAGAUUGCCAAUAACCACCAUGUGCAUCACCAUGAGCAUACUGUUCACUUCGAGAAGGGCCAAUCAACAAUCGGGACGGUGGCCUGGAUGAUCAUCUUUGGAGACGGACUGCACAACUUCAUUGAUGGCCUGUCCAUCGGUGCUGCUUUCUCAGAGAGCAUACUUGCUGGCGUCAGUAUCUCUGUUGCAGUGAUUUGUGAAGAAUUUCCUCAUGAAUUAGGUGAUUUUGCUGUUCUGUUGAGUGCUGGAAUGAGCAUGCGACAGGCUCUCCUCUACAACUUCCUAUCUGCCAUCACCUGCUACUUGGGGUUGGUGGUGGGGAUCCUUCUCGGGGAUCUGGCUGAGGGAGCACCUUACAUCUUCGCACUGGCUGCAGGGAUGUUUCUUUAUAUUUCUCUUGUCGACAUGAUGGGAGAACUCAACGAAGCCCUGGAAGAAGCUCGGAAGAACGGAAUUCGAGCGCAGCUGAAAGUGUUCUUUAUUCAGAACGUGGGCAUAGCCCUGGGUGUGGCCAUCCUCUUCGUCAUGGCUCGCUAUGCAGAGCACUUCAACUUCGAGAAUCUCAGUACUUUCAUGUCCUCCAGCUCCGAGGAGGCCUUGGACGACAGAGUGCAGCAGUUGUACUCUGGAUUACAAGAAGCCAAACUUCUUCAUGGUUCGAUAGAGUAGACUGUGGGAAAUUAUCCCGGUGAUUGUGUUGGAGAUGCUUUGAAUAGUUGGAGAAAAUGUGUGCAUGGUGUGGAUGUUAACCAGAUUAACAAAUGGUUGCAAAGUGU